GCAGGUUUCAGCCGUUUCAGCUGUCAUUCUUUCAGUUUUCCUGAAGAACUUGUAAAAAAUGAGAAGAAACCGGCGAUGUCGACAAUUUGACAGCUACAGAAACGGCCUAGAACAUGGGAUGAAGAUUAUCAUUGGCUCUUACCAUCUGCCGGGAGUACCUCCAAGGGCAACACUGGAUCCAAAUAUCACUUUUCUCAUUCUUACAGACUGUUUACCAUUCACCAUUUUUGGAGGACCUCUAGACAAAGGGGUCAACCACAUAAAUGGGAUAAAAUUUCACCACCGGAAUGCUAGCUGCCACGCUAGAUCGCAGGGGAUGAAGAGAGCAACUACUUUCGAUUCAUAUUUGCUGCACGACAGUGAACACCAAAAGUGACAACAAACGAAGAAAUAAACAUUGAGGACAGAGAUGUAAAGGAAGCAUUACGAAAAUUCAAAAAUAGAAAAUCACCAUCACAGAAUAUGAACGAACUUCUAAAGUACGGAUGACCAGAUCUGGCCAAACAUCAAUUAAAACGUAUCCAAAAAAUAAUAGAACAAAAAAGAAUACUACAAGAAUAUAGAAUAGAAUAGAAAUAUGCUUUAUUGUCAUGAAAAAUUGUACAAUUUUAUCGACAAAGCUUAUAAAAAGUCAAGAAAACAAAACAAUAACAAUCUAAUUUACUAAAAUUACAUAAGUCGUCAAUAUUUUUACAAUAAUAAUAAUAAUAAUAAUGAAGUUAAACAGAAAUAAUCAAUUGCAAAAUUUAAAUAAACUGCAAAUGCAUAGUCUACCUAGUAAUUAAUAAGUUUAAAAGUUAAGCUGCUACAUGUGACACCCAAAUAUAGACAAAAAAAAUAAUAAAAAUACUAUUUGUGCAAAGGGUACUGUAACUUCUUAGUUAUUGAUUUAGAAAAUCUUCUAGUGAAUAAUAUGGCCUUUCAGAUAGGUAGGCUUUUGUCAGUUUACGGAAUUUGGGGAAAGAUGCUGCAGAUUUAAGUUGUAGAGGGAGAUGGUUGUAAAGUUUUUUGCGGAAUAUAAUAUAGAUUUGUUUACUAACUCAGAGGACGGGGUCGGCAAAUAGACGUCAAUCGUAGAAUUUCUCGUGAAGUAGUCAUGAUUAGGUCUUGGUGGUAAGACAUGUAGAUGUUUACGAAUUAAGCAAACAGUUUCUAAGAUAUACAAAGAUAGAAGGGUUAAAAGUCCAUGAUCUUUGAAGUAACUUCUGCAAUGUGUUGUUCUUCUGAGGCCAAACAGAUAUCUUAUUGCUCUUUUUUGUAAUUUGAAAAUAACAUCGAAUUGGGCAGCUGUACCAGAACCCCAAAAAGGAAUACCAUAACGAAGAUGUGACUCGAACAAAGAAAAAUAUGUUAUUUUGGAAGAUGCUAAAUUGAGUUCAUUCGAAACAGAUCUUAUAGCAUAGCAAGCUGAGGAUAGUUUCUUCCUUAACAAAUCGAUAUGGUUGCUGUCUAAAAAAUACCAAGAAAUUUUACAGAAUCAACGGUACUGAUCUGGCUGUUAUUAAGAAAUAAGGGUUGAAGAGCUACUUUAUAAGACAAUAGAGAGAUAUUGCAAAUUUAACACAGCCUACGUUGCGCUAUUUACACCGCGCUAUUUUGACAGAAAUGACAUUUCUCAGACGUUUCAUAAAUGCAGAUAUUGCUCAACAUUUUAGUUGCGGUAUUUUACGGCUAGAUUAAGAUUAGUUGUUUAUCUAAUUUGUACUCAAAAUCCAGAAUUUAGAUGGAAGAAAGGUUUGUAUUUUCUUCCAAAUAUCGAGCAAGAGAAAUAAAUGAUCCUUGAAUGUUCUUACAAAUAAAAGAUUUUCCUGUUGCACUCUUCAUGUUUUCCUGAACUAACGUCCAAUUUUCUGGAGAAGUCAAUGGAUUUUGCCAUAAAACUUGUUUUAAUAAACACAAAUCGUCAUCAGACGUAAAUCUAAUUCGUUUGCUACUGUCUGAGGUACCCAUUUUAGCAAAUUAUUACGAAUAAAUUUGGUUUAAAUGAAAGAUAAACAACAAACAUAACCUGAAAAGAAAAUAGCGCAACGAAUACCGCACAGCGUAACGACUCCCCUAAUAACGGCAGGCCGUAUUUCCAAUAACGCAGCGUAAGCCAUAUAUCACAUCUGCGCAUGCUCUACUGUCAAAAUAACGCGUGCUGUAAUACAGCAAGUGCAAAAAAGGCUCUGCAAUAUCUCUCUAAUGCUACUGUUUUAUCUACGUUAAACUAGAGUCAAUUAGAGUCAGACCAGGUUUUUAUUGUAAGUAGAUCAGAAGCUUUAGUAGCAUGAAAAGUUGCAAUAUUUGAGUUGCUCCAAGUGAUACUGGUAUCAUCAGCAAAAAGAAAGAUUUUUCCAUCGAUUUUUAAACCAGUGAUGUCAUUAAUAAAGAUAAGGAAAAGUAGAGGACCCAAUACUGAACCUUGAGGUACCCCACAUACAAUGUUUUUGAGACUAGAGUCUGUAUCAUUUGCUCUAACCAGUUGUUUCCUAUCAUCCAAGUAAGAUUGGAACCAAUUUAAUGAAAUACCUCGAAUUCGGUAGAAAUUUAGUUUUUUUUCUCAAAAUGUUGUGAUUUACACAUUCAAAAGCUUUGGCGUAGUCACAAAAAACGGUGGCAGUGUGAAGAUUAUUGUUCAGUGCUUGAUAAACCUCAUGUAGUACAGAAUACAUGGCAUCAGUGGUGCAUUUAUUAUUUAAAAUUCAUUAAUAUAGUCAGCAUCUCUUCAAAACGGGAGACAAAUCGAAACCGGAGAACUAAUAACCAAAGCACAGUAUAGGAGAAUAUCUCCUAUACUGUGACCAAAGUGAUAACAAAUAAACUGAAUGAAAUUAUAACUCUUGCAUAAGAUCUUGAAGAUCAUACACCGACGUUAUUUAUAAUAAGGCAAGUUCAAGAGAAGUCAUUAGAGUCAACAAACCCGCAUAUUUGUGUUUUCGUGGAUCUUAAAAAGACAUUUGACAGGGUCAAAUUAAAGGAAAGUGCUUAUUGUACGAAAGACAGACACAUAUCAACAGAAUAAAAAUAAAACUGACCCAUUUGAAGCUGGCAAUGGCAUAAAACGGGGGAUUCCCUGAGACCUCUAUUGUUCAACCUGAUCAUGGAUGAAAUAAUAAAAAAAGUAAGAACGAAAAUAGGAUACCAAAUGGAAAAAAUCAAUUUAAAAUAAUCUGCUAUGCAGACGACUCGAUACUAAUUUCUCAAAGUGAAGAUGAUUUUUUAUGAAUAGAACAAGUGAUACAGCUUAAAUAUCUAAGCAUCACACUAUACAGCUACAGAAAGCUCGAAACAGAAGUGGAAGAUCAUGUGAAUGAAAACAAUAUCGAGAAAUAAAACUAUCGCGAAGGAAUGAAAGGCAGAAUUUACAAAAAAAGUCAUCAGACCAAUAAUCAGUCAUGUGAUGAAUGACCGAAGUUAACUUUAACGUUUGAGUUAAAGUUAAGAUAACUCUCAGGAAAACGAUGCCCAUAACUAUUUAGGUAAAAUUCGGUGUGAUGUAUCGGUCAGAGUUAUGCGAUAGUUAUUUGGUCUACGUUAUUUUAGAAAUAAGGUUUGAGGAAAAAAGGUUCAAGUAACAAAGAGAACCUAUAGUAGAUGACCGUAAAAGUAAAUCCCCAUCGUCGGCCACCGUCGAUGACCGAACAGCAAACAGCUGUUCGGGUUCGGUGGUGUUUCAAACAGUAGAUAGAAACAGGGUUGCCAGAUUGGUGUAUUUCCCACAAUUUUGGGGUAAUUUGAAAGCGUGGAAAUUUUUGUAAGCAGAAAUUGUAGUGGGAUUUUUUGGGGGCGGAAAAUUAUGGAGGAUUUUAAGGGUCAUGGUAAAUUAAAUUUGCGAAUGUACAUAGAACUGCGUAUAUGAUACCGGUGAUUAUACUCCCAUAAAAUGAAGACCAUAGGAACUAUUAAUUAUUUUCAGGGCCCUCGUUGAUAAGUAGUAUAAUUUUGGUGUACUGUUCUCUUCAUUUGACUACUAAUUUAUUAAAAUGCGGCAAAAAUUUAAAUGUGGGGUAUUCAGGAGCGUCAUUUGAGAAUUUGCUAGGGGGGUCAAACAUUAUAUAUACAAUACAUUAUAUAUGCAAACAUAAUACAAAAUUGAUCUAUUUUUUUUUUAAUUUCAGUCAUUUUCAGGGUCAGGGGGCAAAUGCCCCCCACUGACCCUAUCAAAUGACGCCCCUGGGGGUAUUUGAGCUUCAAUUUGAGGGAAUUUCAGUUUCUACGUGGGGGAUUUAUAAAAUAUCAUCUGGCAACUCUGGAUAGAAAGCUCAGUAGAUACUUAAAA